UCUUGAACCACUUAGCGAAAGAGAACUUGCUAAAAAAUACCCCAAACGAUCAAAGUUAUUAAAAUCCUUAGAAAUAAAUAUCCUAAAAAGUUAUCCAAAUUCUCUUGCAAACGAUAUUACAAUACUAGAGCUAGAGAAUUGUCAUGAAUGUAACGAAGAAAUUUUUUUAAAUCCGCCCAAAGCAGUUACUAUGUUAGUAUGUGAUAAUGAAGGACCGGCGUCAGCUAAAGUUCAGGAUGUAGAUAUAACAGAGGUAGUGGAAGGUGAAAGUGAAGAAACCUCUAAUCUAACAGGAGAGGUAAGUAAAUUAUCUGUAGACGACGGUAGAGCUAUCCCCCAAAGUAAAACGAAAUCCAUGGAAUCUGAAAAAGUGCAAGGUUUAAUAAAAGAACUAUCUAUGCCUCAUGAACCAAUUGAUGAUAAUGAUAGAGAAAAUAAAACCAGGGAAUCGAAACCAAAAACUUUACUCCAGUUAUAUUAUAAUGCAAGCCAGGCAGAAAAAUGUGUAACCCGAGCCUAUCAAGAAGAAAUUAGAUAUUGGGUUAAAGAAAUUAAAAAUAAUAAUAGUAGAUUUAAUGAUCAACAAGCUAGAGGGUUAGUUUAUAGUGAAAUCGCAACAAAUAUUCCAGGAUUCACAAGAGAAAGCCUACGUAAAAAAAUAGCAAAAACUAGAAAUAUUUAUAAGUUGUUUGGUGAAAGUUAUGACCCUGAAACCAAAACAGUA